UUCCAGGUUCCAGCAGCAGCCGGUCUCAGAGCAGCAGCAGAAAGCGCAGCAGCACUCGGACUCUCAGCGGAACCACGACUAGCCCGAACCCUCAGUGUCACCAUCCCCGAACUCCGGCUGCCAGCCGCCCUGACCCGCGUCUCCUUCACGAACUCUGAGAAACUCACUCACGUUCACCACACGAAGACGCAAAAAGCGCUCCAGGCGUGACCUGAGAACCGGGGUGGACCUUCAGAACCACGUCUGUCCCCAGCGGCUCCACACCGACAUCUGGCUCCCAGAAGACCGAGAGGAAACUAUCUUCCCGCUGAUUCCCACCUCAUCUCCCUGUUAGCUGACCCAAUCCUAGCGUGUUAGGACCAUGGCGGAGUACAGCUCUCUGCUCAGCGACCUUUCUGAAAACAUUACCAACGAGGAUCUGGAACAGCUCAAAUCGGCCUGCAAGGAGGACAUCCCAGAGGACCAGAGCAACAACAUCACCUCCUCCAAGGAGUGGUUCAGCUACCUGGAGAAGAACGACAAGCUCGCCCAAGAUAACCUGUCCUACAUCGAGCACAUCUUUGAGAUCUCACGGCGACCGGACCUGCUGACGAGGGUGAUAGAGUACCGCACCACUGUUCUCAAGAUCUCUGAGGAUGACGAGAUCGACACCAAACUUACACGCAUUCCCUCUGCCAAGAAAUACAAAGACAUCAUCCGCCAGCCUUCUGAGGAUGAAAUUAUCAAGUUGGCCCCUCCCCCUAAAAAGGUGUGAGGUCAACACCUGCAGGCCUGCUUUUUGCACCUUAAUUUCUCCACUCCUGGCCCUUAAGUCAACCAUGACCAACCCUGUUACCCCCCCCCCCACCUCAGCCUCACACACAUCCC